CGGCUGUAAAAUGUUCUGUAUACACGAACGCGGAGACAUUGUGAAUCGGUCCAAAGCAGGUCCUUGGCAUGGAUGGGUAGCCUCGCACGGCCGCCUGAUCCUGCGAGCUUACGUUUAAAAGCUACACGGAUAUCAGUCUGGUCGGCCCGAGGAUGAAGAGACCUUGGAGCCCCGGGCAGCUGGAGAACGCCCUCCCACCCAAGGCUCAGGAAGAGGAGGAGGAAGCGGAGGAAGCAGAGGAGGACAAGGAGCGCGUUGUCCCGGGGCAGAGGCCUAAGCGGGAGAGGAGGCAGAGCAGUGUGACGCAAUGUGAGGUAUGCAACAUCCAGUUGAACUCCUCAGCCCAGGCCCAGAUCCACUACAAUGGCAAGACUCACCAGAGGAAACUUCGCCAGUUCAGACUCACAAAGGCCUCCAGCGCCACCCAUAAUGGUAGCCUAUCCCAGGCCAACCCCCUCCUGGCUUCCCUGUCCCUCCCAGGACGUCCCCUCCAGACCCAGCUGGACCUAAAGCACUUUCUGCCCCUCCGUGUAAACUCCUCCUCUCCCCUCAGCCUCUUCCCUAACUUCAACACGUCUGGGUUAUUCUGUGCGCAACGGAUGGAUCCGGUCCAGAAGGCGGUCAUCAACCACACGUUUGGGGUGGCGCCACCCAAGAAGAAACAAAUAAUCUCCUGCAACAUUUGUCACCUCCGCUUCAAUUCCACCAACCAGGCGGAGGCUCACUACAAGGGCCACAAACACGCCCGCAAGCUGAAAGCCAUGGACUCCCAGAGGAACCGCCAGAGGGGCCAUAGCUCCCCAGCAGGGAGGGAGAGAGACAGUAGGAAAACAGUGUCAGAGGCCUUGCCAGCAAUGAUGGACCCCAGUCUCACAGAAAAAACUUGCGAAACACCAGGCCUUCUCUUGGCUCCCCAGCCCCCUGCCGGACUGACACCGGAUGACUCCCUCCUGAGGGUACCCCUCAUCCCCAUGCCCGUCUCGAAGGCCUCUCCCCUGGACGCCUCAGUCCUGCUUUCCCCCCAGGUCUCCCCUGCUGUCCCCCAGCUCACAGAGCUCACAACUGACCACAGAACUUUGGAUGGCCCCAUCCUGACCGCCGAAUGUGACCAGGCACUGGAACCCGUCCAGGGCCAGGGGGAGACUCUGGGGGCCACAAGAAGGGAGGGGGAGACAGAGGCGGUCAAGAAGAGCCCUCCUGCCAAGCAGAACCUCCAUUGUCCUGUGUGUAAGGUCACGGUCAACUCCUCGUCCCAGUUAGAAGCUCACUAUAGAGGCUCCAAACACAAACAGAUGCUGGAAGGCCAGGCGUGUGCUCAGGUGCGACGUCGAGGCAAGUUGAUGUCCUCGCCUCGAUCGACCUGCAGGACUAAGCAGCCACCCGGCAGCGGUGUGGGCGUGACCAGCCAACCAUUUCACUGCAAGAUGUGCGAGGUGUCUGUCAACUCAGAGAUGCAGCUAAAACAGCACAUGAACAGCAGAAGACACAAAGACCGGUUGGCUGGGAAACCCCACAAGCCAAAGUUCAGCCCUUAUACCAAAGGACAGCUGAAUCCCGCUUUAGCGAACGUCAGAUGGACUGGCUUCCCGUUUGGGGGGGUGACCUCAGCCAUGGGUAAACUGGCCAGCCACUGCCAACCCAGUGCUUACAGCCCUCAGACCAAAUUGGCCCUACAGAAGCAGCUGUCCAAGGCACUGUCGGCAGGUUUUCUGGCCAGUCACCUGAACCCAGCUACCCUGUGCGCAAUGACCUCCAAUCCCCUGGCCCUGCGAGGCCCCCCUGGGCCCAGCCACACCGCCAUGCUCCAGAACCCUCUGCUCAGCCCAACGCUCUUUAGGCCUGCUCCGGGGCCCCUGAGGGCCACACAUGCGCCCAUCAUCUUCUCGCCGUACUAGCCAAGCUUGAACCAUACUGGAUCAAAUUGACAAGUUUACGACAAAUAAUGAGGCCCGUAUGCGAAGAGACUGAAUCCUAAUCCUGACACAUCUGUUCAUCCUCUACCAGCGUACCCCCUUGGCACCUAUGUACAGUAGAUGCUGUAUAUGAUGUGGUGCAUAAGCAAUAUAGUCAAUACAGAGGUCAGUUCUGACCUCUAAUAGACCAGGAAGGAUCUUAAUCCUGUCACUUAAACACCAAUCCAAACAUUUCAGGUCUUUCCAAGUGCACAGAUAUUGAUGAUUUUGGGAGGGACCUAAGCAUGAAUCCAGGGUCAGAGAGAGCUGAAUUGAAGCUACUGAGGCUGCAGCGCUACACAGUAGAGAACCAGAAAUGUCCUUGGGGUACCAGCCAACAAUCAAAUCCCAUCUCUCUAAUGACAGCCUGUUCAAACGGGGUCAGGAACUUUUUGAAAGCCAUAAAAACAAUCCACUAUUGGUUUUGUUAAGCCAAUAUUUAUGUAUAAAUAUAUGUCACGUAUAAAGGCUGUUGCCAGUGUGUCCUUGCUUUAGGAUAGUCUCAUAUUUCCCUUACCCAGUAUUAGUAAACCACCUGUCUGGGAAUCGGUUUAAUGUUGUGAUUUUUUCAAUGGUGCUUUUCAAACAACACUUUUAUUGAAAUCCCAAAAGAUUAUCUUUGUUGACACAAGGAAAAAUGUCUUUAAGAAAAUGUACUACUGUUCAAAAGUUUGGGGUCAAUUUCCUUGUUUUCGAUAGAUGAGCACAUUUUUGGUCGUUUAAAAUGACAGCCAAUGGAUCAGAAAAACAUUGUAAACGUUGUUCAUGGUGUAAUGGAAUAUCAACUUUAGCUUACAGAGUAUCAGCAACCAUCAGUCCUGUGUUCCAAUUGCACGUUGCUUAUCCAAGUUUAUCAUUUUCAAAUGCUAAUUGAUCACUAGAAAGCCAUUUUGCAGUUAUGUUAGCACAGGUGAAAACUGUUGGGCUGAUUAAAGUAGCAAUAAAACUGGCUUUCUUUAGACUAUUUUAGUAUCUGUAGCAUUAGCAAUUGUGGGUUUGAUUACAGGCUGAAAUUGGCCAGAAAAUUGUCAGUCUAUUCGUGUUUUGAGAAAUGAAGACUUUUCCAAUACGAGGUCCUCAACUGGCAGCUUCAUUAAAUAGUACCCACAAAGCACCAGUCUCAACGUCUACAGUGAAGUAGCAACUCCGCGAUGAUGACCAUCUUGGCAGAGUUGCAAAGAAAAGGCCAGUCAAAUGUCAGACUGGCCAAUGAAAAGAAGAGAUCAAAUGUCUGUGCAAAAGAACAUAGACGCUGAACAGAGGAAGAUUGGAAAAAAGUGUGAUGGACAGACAAAUCUAAGUUUGAGGUGUUUGGGUCACAAAGAAGAACAUUUGUGAGACGCAGACCAAAUUAAUAGAUGCUGUAGGUGUGCUUGAUAUCCUCUGUCAAGGUGGAGGCAAUGUGAUGGUCUGGGGUUGCUUUGGUGGUGGUAAAGUGGGAGAUUUGUACAUGGUGAAAGGGAUUG